AUCAAUAUAUUUUGGCCAAGCUUCCGUCUUCCUUUUGUUGCCUCUCUUUGGUGUUGUAGCUUUCUGCUUUGCUCUUUUUUGGGGGGUUUCGAAAAUGGUUGAGAAAGCAAGGGGAAGAAAGGAAGAGGUUGUUUCCAGAGAAUACACCAUCAACCUUCACAAGCGUCUCCAUGGCUGCACAUUCAAGAAGAAAGCUCCCAAGGCAAUAAAAGAGAUCAGGAGAUUUGCAGAAAAAGCCAUGGGAACCAAGGAUGUGAGAGUUGAUGUUAAACUGAACAAGCAUAUAUGGAGCCGAGGGAUUCGAAGUGUCCCCAGACGGAUAAGGGUUCGCAUUGCUCGGAAGAGAAAUGAUGAUGAAGAUGCAAAGGAGGAGCUUUACUCUCUGGUAACGGUUGCCGAAAUUCCAGCCGAAGGACUCAAAGGUUUGGGCACUAAGGUCAUCGAUGACGAUGAUGAGUAAUCUCCGAUCUCUAGUUUAAGAAAAGCAUUGCAUUUUCUUUACUGAAAAGUUUAAAUCCAGGUUUUGGCUAGUUUUACGAUUUUGUUCAUCAACUGUUUUUCCUUUGGUAUUCGGUUUAUCGUUGUUUAGACUUUUAAGCUCGGUGCAAUUUAUGUUUCAAUGGCGGAAUCAGGUUCUUUUUGCAA